AUUAUAAAUAUAACCUCAAAUGUUCGAAGACAUUCGAAAUAAUUUUUUAACAUGUAAAAGUCUUCCGUUAAAAUGAAUUUAAUACGUCCAACUUUAUGUGGCAAAAUCUUUAUAGUACUUGUAAUCAUCAUUACAGUGGCAGCAUGUAUAUUUUAUGUGCAUAUCCUCAAACUUCAAGUCGUGAAACACAAAACAAAAGUUACGGCAUCCCCUCAACGUUUAGAUAAUUUUUUCGUAACGAAAAGAUUAAAUUUUCAAGGCGAUGUGAUCGUACAUUUAGAUUUAAAAGGAGCCCCACCGAAAAUCUCUUACUACAAGGAAUUAUUUCCACUUCUUACAAAAAUGGGGGCAACUGGCUUACUCUUAGAAUAUGAGGACAUGUUUCCUUUCACUGGUGAUAUAUUAGAAAACGUCACAGCUUUAAAUGCGUACUCAUUGACUGACAUUAAAGAAAUCAAUCAUUAUGCUAAACAAAACAAUCUCACAGUGAUACCCUUAGUACAAACUUUCGGUCAUUUGGAAUUUAUAUUAAAAUUGGAGCAGUUCAAGGAGCUUAGGGAGGUUGAAACUUAUCCUCAGGCUAUUUGUCCAUCACACCAAAACACUCAAAAACUGUUAAUGGAUAUGAUUCAACAGGUUAUUGAGGCACAUCCUGAUUCUAACAUCAUUCAUAUUGGUUCUGAUGAAGUUUAUUACUUGGGCCUCUGUGAUAAGUGCCUCAAUGUGAUGGCAAGAGAGCAUUUAUCCAAAAAUAUGUUGUUCACUAAACAUGUCCGUGCAAUCGCCGAAUUUAUCAAGAAAAAAUACCCGAAACACAGAAUCCUAAUGUGGGACGACGAGUUCCGGGGAUUCACCCAAGAGGAACUGUUAUCCAGCGGUCUGCACAAGAUCGUCGAACCGGUAGUUUGGAAAUACACGAAGGACGUAAUGGACGAACUGGGUCCGAGUUUGUGGAACUUGUACUCCUCGGCUUUUCCGUCUGUUUGGGCUGCGAGCGCGUUCAAAGGAGCAACCGGAAGCAGCCAAUACGUCGUCGACGUGCCCCAUUACUUGGAGAACCACCGCAGUUGGAUGGACGUGAUCUCGAACUACAAGGACAACAUAAAAUUCACCGGCAUCAUCAUAACGGGCUGGCAACGCUACGAUCACUUCGCAAUCUUGUGCGAACUACUUCCGGUCGGUCUUCCUUCGUUGGCCAUGUCUAUGAGAAUAAUACAAGGCCACACGGAUUCACCGUUGACUCCGCCCGUGGCGGUCGCCGAGCUGUUGCAGUGCGAACAGCCGUACGGGCUCAUGGGAUUGGCUUUCGGCACGCCCCACUGUACGUUUCCAGGUGGUAACGUAUUGGAGAACGUGCUCAGGUUGCAGCAGGUGAAGCAGGACCUGGACGGCAUACUGAGCAUGUCCGAAAGCGUCGGUUGGUUAACCGAGUACAACAUUCGUCAUUCGUUUUCCAGUCCCAGAUACGUGGAAACGGUGAUGGGAUUGUUGAGUAAGGUCAGGUCUGAUUUCGAGAUGCUGGACUCGGAUUUGACUGCGGCCUUGCAGGAGGUUUACGAUAAUUAUACGGUUGUUGAAUGGAGGGAGACUGUGGUCAAACCGUUUGAGGAAAAGGUUAAUGCGAUAUGGAAGGCGAGGCAGGCUCUACUAGGAAAGGAUCACUGGCCUAGAAGGCCACUGACUGCCAAAGAGGAAUUGUGAUUUUUUUAUAUUUUUAACUUAUAAUUUUUUGACUGAGUACCUAAAAUUGAAGCAAUAUAUUUAAUAAAUAGUAAUAGUAGAUUUUAA